AUGGCUCCGGUGCUCUGCGCAAAGUGCAAGGCUGAGCGUGCUCUCGUCAAGCGGCCCAAGAACCAUCAGAAGCUUUGCAAGGCCUGUUUUAUAUCAGUCUUUGAAGAGGAAGUACAUCACACCAUCGUCUCCUCAUUGCUCUUUUCCCCAGGGGAUCAAAUAGCCAUCGGGGCGUCGGGUGGCAAGGACUCGACCGUCUUAGCAAGUGUUCUCAAAACCCUGAACGACAGGUAUAAUUACGGCUUAGAUCUCGUGCUCCUCAGCAUCGAUGAGGGUAUCAAAGGCUACCGAGACGAUUCACUGGAAACCGUCAAGAGAAAUGCCGUCCAGUACGACAUGCCCCUUACUAUAGUGGGGUAUGACCAGCUGUACGGCUGGACGAUGGACCAGGUUGUCGAGGUGAUUGGAAAGAAGGGCAACUGCACGUAUUGCGGCGUUUUCCGCCGACAGGCACUAGACCGUGGCGCCAAGCUUUUGAACAUUAAACAUGUCGUCACCGGUCACAACGCAGAUGAUGUUGCUGAGACGAUUCUCAUGAAUCUCUUGAGAGGGGAUUUGCCUCGACUUGGUCGCAGCACAAGUAUCGUCACUGGUGACGACACUAGCGACGUCAAGCGCAGCAAACCACUCAAGUACUCUUACGAGAAGGAGAUCGUGCUAUACGCCCAUCAUAAGAAGCUCGACUACUUCAGCACCGAAUGCAUUUACAGCCCCGAAGCGUUCCGUGGAACUGCUCGCACUCUGAUCAAGAAUCUUGAGCGGGUGCGGCCAAGUGCCAUUUUGGACAUUGUCCGCAGCGGUGAGGACAUGGCUCGACAUGUUGCGGGCGGAUCGAGCAGCUCUUGUGCCUGCAAAGGAAGUGCUAUCCGUGUCGCUGAGGAUGACUUUGCUUCUGGUUGUGGCUCGCAGCAGAGUAAAGGCCUUGAGACCGAAAUCGCCCAUUUGGAUGCAAGCUUGAGCCAGGCAACUCUGGCCAAAUCCCAAGAGACAGAUUUCACAGGUGUUUUCACACCUCCACCAAAGACAGAAAAGACGGUUCGGAAUUGGUCUGAGCCGCCCAAGUCCAGGUUGAGCCAAGCAACUUCAAGUGCUCCACUACAGACGUUGGGCAAGUGUAAGAGAUGCGGCUACAUGUCUAGUCAAGCCAUCUGUCAAGCUUGCCUGUUGGUGGACGGGCUAAACAAAAACAAAGCACAGAUUCGCUUAUAG